CAGAUCUGUGUGUGUGUGUGUGAUAGAUAGAUAGAUAGAUAGAUAGAUAGAUAGAUAGAGAUAGAUAGAUAGAUAGAUAGAUAGAGAGAGAGAGAGAGAGAGAGAGAGAGAGAGAGNAGAGAGAGAGAGAGAGAGAGAGAGAGAGAGAGAGAGAGAGAGAGAGAGAGAGGGGGGGGGGGGGGGGGGGGGGGGGGGGGAGGGGAGGAGUGGACAGGUCUUGGUUUCGUAAUCAUGGACAAAGUAACACAAGCUGUUGGUGAGCUUAAGGAGUUGGUCCCAUGGCUGCUCAAGGACCCAGCAGGGCUGGGAAUACUGGUGGCAGUUGGCGUCAUUGCUGUAUCAGCGAUAGUAUUUCUUUACUUUUCCUCCGCUUCCUCUGCCUCUAGCAAGUCUAGGUCCUUACAAGGCCGUGUUGCCCUGAACAAGGAUGAAUGGAGGGCGUUUAAGCUGAUAAAGAAGGAGAUUGUCACACACGAUACGCGGCGUUUUGUCUUUGCUUUGCCGUCGCCCAACAUGGUUCUGGGCCUGCCAAUAGGCCAGCAUGUGCUUGUAAGGGGGCGGGAUUCGGAUGGCAACGAGUUUUCAAGGCCCUACACACCCACCUCUCUCGAUUCCGACCUCGGCAUCCUAGAGCUUGUCGUAAAGGUGUACCCAUCUGGGAAAAUGUCUCAGUUCCUCGACAACAUCAAAGUAGGGGAAGGUGUGGAAUUCAAAGGACCGAAGACCUUACAACAGGGAGACGAAAGACAGCUUCGUGCUGAACGCAGAGCCCGUGCUCUAGCAGCAUCUAGGGCAGCAGCAAACGCCGCAACUAGGGAACAGGCAGCAGCAGCCAGCGCAGCAGCAAUGGCUAGCGCAGCAGCAUCCUCUGCUGCAUCCGCUGCUGCAUCCUCGCCAGGGACCCUGUUGGGAAUGCCCCAUGGGUCCCCGGGUACUUCCGGUUCAAUGAGUUCUGGUCGGUCUAUCAGUCAAAUGGCGGGCUCGCAGUUAAGCCCGUUGACCCCACGCGGCAGGGAGCUCCUAGAGCUCCAACAGGUCGAAAGGAUCCGCGAACGGUUAGAGAGGGAACUGAAGCAGGCAACCGAUAGAGAAAGAGAGAUUAAAAAUAGAGCAGCCAGGCUUGAUACGUUAGAGGCAGACAAGGCUGCAUUAGAGGGUUUGGAUGAGUCAGCAAUGUCUGACCAAUUGAAAAUAUUGAAGAACAAUAUGUUGUCGUUGCAUGCGCACGUGGACAGCAGGUUGGACUUUAUGCAGAACUCUCUAGACCAGAUCUUGGAUCUUUUGCAGAGGCCAGGAUAUAGGCCAGCAGCACAGUCGUCGUUGUCGUUAACGGCGAUGUCAGGCCCCUUCCAUGUACAAGCUGGCACACAACCAAGUGAUACGUCAGCAGCAGCAGCACAGACUGUUGCGUCUUCUUCUUCGGGUCCAGCGGUGCAACAACCUGUCCCACAACAGGGACAGUCGCAAGGUCAAUGGUACCCUAAGACCCCUAUGAAACCGCCUCUUGCCUUCUCAGGAGAGAAGAAGGACGAGGAACUCAACACAUGGUUGAGAACGGUUCUGGUAUGGGUAAAGGCGAAAAGGACUUUGCAGGAGGAGGAGGUGAUUACUGUUGCAUCUUACCUUGAGGUGCUGGCUCAGCAGGAUGGGAAGAAGUUGAGACCGAUUGAGUACGUGAGCAAGAAAAUGCCAUCGAAGAAAUUGGCGAAGUCCACCUACGAAAGGGAACUCUACGCUCUCUACAAAGCCCUUGUCCAUUGGAGGCACUUCCUGCUGGGACGGUUCUUCUACUUGAGAACUGACCAUCAAACCCUCAAAUGGAUCAAGACUCAACCGGCUCUUUCUGAUGCACUCAAGCGUUGGAUGGAGGUCAUAGAUCAGUAUGACUUCAAGCUUGAGUAUCUGAAGGGAGAGUACAACAAGGUUGCAGAUGCGCUAUUUCAUAGAGCAGACUACCUAGGGGCGCUAGUUUCUGAGUUUGGUGUAUCUGAGGAAGUAACUCAAUCAUUGGUGGGAGCAUAUCAGGAAGACACUGUCAUGAUGGACAUCAUGCGCAAACUUCAGGCAAAAGACAAGGCCACAGAAAGACACAGUGUUUCCAUGGAUUUCAUGGACACCCUGGUGACCAGUAAGAGUGGCAAGAGGCACAUCUUCGUCAUCAUCGAUCGAUUCACCAAGUACGCUAGACUAGUUGCCAUGCCAGAGACCGCCAGGACUGACCACGUCAUCAAGUUGUUUAUGGACAACUGGGUGCGUGAUUUUGGACUUCCAAAGUCAAUCGCUAGUGGCAGAGAUGUCCGAUUCACAAGUGAGUUGUGGAAGAAGACUGCUGAGCAUAUGGGCAGUCAACUUCAGAUGACUUCAGGGAAUCAUCCCGAAGCCAACGGGCAGGCCGAGCAAAUGAACAGAGUUGUACAACACUUGUUGAGGCAUUACAUCAAGCCCAGCCAGGAUGAUUGGGAUGAGAAGUUGCCUCUCAUCGCCAGUCUGUACAACAACGUUGUACACAGUAGUACCGACGUCAGUCCUAAUCAGCUGCACUUGGGAUGGAAGCCUAUAUCAGCUCUAGACUUCCUCCUACCUGAAAACCGAUCCUAUGCAACUCCAGGCACACUUGAGUAUGGUGUGCAGUAUGAGAAGUUGCUGCAGCAAGCUGUCGAGCACAUCAAGAAAGCUCAGCAAGCAAUGAUUGCUUCUAAGAACAAGCAUCGGCGACAGUCCUCAUUUCAGGCUUUGGUAUGCGGGCCUUUGCCCAUGACUAAGGCCAUGGGUGGACACCUUGACGCAGUUGGGUAUUCGCCGGAACAGCAGUUCCGCUUCUAAUAAGAGUUCUGGCAAUGCCGGCAAGGACAACAACAUAAUUUUUGAUUUUGACAUUGCGCUGACGAGAGAGCGGAUGAGCGGUUUUGUUAACCACCAGCACUUGUCAUAGCUAUGGAUGCCGCGCCUAAAAACGCCCCGCGCAACAAAAAAAAAAAAACGGAGCGCCGUGGCCAGUCAUUUUGGUCCGGUACCUCCCCCCCCGGAAAUAUGCGGCCGUAUACGAGCCCCAUAUUUGUUUUUCAAGCUGGGCGAAGUGCUGCUGGGUUUCAAGUCAGGUGGUCUCCAAGCACGCAAAAUUGCAAAUAUACCCCUUGUGGUCAUUUCAGUCAUCAAUACCCCACCCACAUCUGGACCAAGGUCGGGCCCCCACCCACUCGCCGCAACUCGAUGUCUCUGGCCGUUGGUCCUCUCUUGUAAUCUACGGUCGAGACUCGAGACUGAAGAGGGGUCCCGACAACUGGGACUGCGCACCGGGUAACCUGUGUAGGUGUCCUUAGAUAGGGAGCAGCUGGUACAUUCUCGGGCAUUUGGUGCGCUGGAACUGCGCACUUGGUACCUAUGUAGGUUGUCCUUAGAUAGGCAGCAGCUGGUACAUUCUCGGGCAUUUGGGGCGCUGGAUUUGCAUUGCGCACAGGAAGGGAGGAGGGAGGGAAGCAGGGAGGGAUCAAGAAACAGAAGGAUGAAGGGAUGGAGUUUGACGGCGGUAGGGACGUGAGGGAGCAGAGUGCACUGGAUUUGCGUUUUUUUAAGUUUUUUUUUUUGUUUUUGUGUUCUUUUUCGGGUUCUUUUUUUUUUGACAUCGUAGGCGGGGGCCGUGCCAAUCUUAAAAAAAAAAAAAAAAAAAAAAAAAAAAAACUUAUCUGUACAGGUCCCAAAUUCAAUGGAUGUUCUGGAUCUUCUGAUAGACAGUGGAUUUGCUUUUUACGGAGGGAGGGAGGAAGGAAAAAGGGACGGUGGGGGCUGAGAGGAAUGGAAGGACAGGCCAAGGGAGGGGAGGGAAGGAGGGAGGGGAGGGCAUGAAGGGCGCAUGGUUCUGCACCGUUGGAUGGGAGGGAGGGAGGGAGAAGGGCCAAUAAGCAGCCGGAAUUUGAGCGGACAGCCCAAGGGAAGGAAGGAGGAAGGAAUAAGGGACGCUGGUGGUCGAGGGAAUGGAAGGACAGGCCAAGGGAGGGGAGGGGAGGGGAGGGCAUGAAAAGGCCGCACGGUUCUGGACCGUUGAAUGGGAGGGAGGGAGGAAGAAGGGCCGACAAACGGCCGGAAGAAUUGGGAGGACAGCCCAAGGGAAGGAAGGAGGGAGGAAGAAGGGACGCAGACAGCUCAGAGGAACCGGAUGACUGCGCAAUGGAGGGAAGGAGGGAAGGAGGGAGGUGAGUACGUGAAGGGAGCAUGUUUCUGGACCUUUGGAUGGGGGUUAGAGGGAGGGAGGGAGGGAGGGAGUGAGGGAGGGAGGGAGGAAGAAGGGCCAACAAGCGCCCGGAAGAAUUGGGAGGACAGCCCAAGGGAAGGAUGAGGGAGGAAGACGGGACGCAGGAAGCUGAGAGGAAUUGGAGGACUGCUCAAUGGAGGGAAGGAGGGAAGGAGGGAAGGAGGGAGGUGAUUGCGUGAAGGGAGCAUGAUUCUGGACCACUGGAUGGGGGGUUUAGAGGGAGGGAGGGAGAGAGGGAGGGAGGAAGAAGGGCCACAGGCGCCCGGAAGGAGUGGGAGGACAGCCCAAUGGAGAGAAGGAGAAGCAGAGGGAAGGACAGGGAAGGACAGGGAAGGACAGGGAAGGACAGGGAAGGACAGGGAAGGGCAGGGAGGUGAGGCAGUGAAGAGAGUAUGACUCUCGAGUCUGGACCUUCGGAUGGGGGUAUAGAUCAACGAUAUGGAAACUUGUAGGUUCCAUUCAAGUUCCAAAUGUAUGAAAAAAACAAUGGGCAACCAUAAGAUGGAUCUUUCCUUUCAUAUGUGAUGGCUCACUUUGAGC